ACAGAUAAUCUUAAGAAUGAGCUCUUCAUGUGUUUACCAACACUGGUAGCGGCUUUGCAUUUGUUUAUAUUUUUUUGUUUCGGGUCCGAUUUUGAUUUUUAAAAAGUGCAAGUUGCGAUGCAAGUGGAGCACUGGGGCGCCGUGCCCGCGGAGGACGAUGGCGGCCAACUGACUGCGGACAAAUAUGUGCCUACGGCUGCCAAGAAGCCCAAGCUAGACGAGAUACGGCAGCGCGGGGAGUUUCAGCCGGAGGACAACCAUCACCUAGUGGAGCUAAAGAGUUCGCUGGUCACCCAGACCAUCGAGGUGAUGAAACAAACCGAGGUGCUGCAGUCCCUAAUCGAAACUUAUUCGAACAAAAAUGGCUCUUCAAACUACCUGCUUAAUCCUUGCCUCAUGAUACCGGAGGUGGACUUUCCGCCUGAAAACGCUGCCGAUCUAGUUGGCGGCCAGAAGUUCCAGAAGCCCAUCUGGUUUACGCCCACAGUCGAUACGUCCUACUCCCGCGGUGAUCCACAGUCGUAUCCGGAGAUCUCGAACAAUGUGUGCCGCCAGGCGUUGCGCAAAGUGAUGUGCGGCAUGCUACGCCUAGCCGGCUUCACCGACUGCUCCGAGUCGGCGGUGCAACUGCUAACGGACGCCACCGAAGAGUUUCUGCGGAGCUUUAUUGGCGAGUAUCGUGGCUACUAUGAUGCGGAGCCCCGACUACAGAAAUCAACGGUGCUACGACUGGUGCCCCUAGAACGUGCUUAUACGAGUGUGACGGGCACAUCGCUGACCCAAGUUCAUAACUAUUACAAGCACAAGGUGAUGGCUAGGAAUCGAGUGGAAAUAGGAGAGUUCAACAGUGUGCUGCAGGAGUACGACAAGCUGAUGAAGGAGAGCCAGAGCAGCAUGCUGCACAAGCAGCAUCAUCACGAGUUCAAUGGCAGCGACUUCCUUAACAUACUGGAUAACAGUGCAACCGGCAGCAGCCAGAGCAUGGGCGGACACAACAACAUGGUGGGCGAUAUGUUGCAGGAUCUGGGCGGCAGCACCGGCUCCAGUGGCACCGUCAGCUCACAGCAGAUGCUGUACGGCCUGCUGGAUAGCCAGAUAUCGUCUACCUCAACGAUGACGACGGUCACCAGUGGCAAUGGCAGCGCGAAUGGCAAUGGUAAUGGCAACGGGAAUGGAAGUGCAAGUGCUAGUGGCAGUGGAGGGCAUGGGGCCACCACAUUCCAUGCCACCUUUGAGUCGUAAUCGAAGUUCAAAGGAGCCUUAGCUCUCAGCAUUUGAAUCCCUUAGCAGGGAACUGCCAAUAAUAAUGCUGCGUGAAAUACUCUUUAAUUAUACGUAUAAUAUAACGAGUAGGAGUCGGGCGCCGUCUUACUUAAGAUCUUGUUAGGGAAGAAGCCAAGUCAGUUUACAAAAUCAAUUCGAACCUCAGGAAAGAGAGCCUCUCACAACACAAAAAAAGAUAUUCAAGCCGUAGGAAUAUACUUGAGAAUUAAAUAACUUUCUUAUCACAACUUUCA